CCGCUUCCGCAGUUCCGCUAUCCAACGAUAGAUCAGUAAUCGGGUGGUUCUUUACAAACCAGGUACAUCUCGGUGUAGCAAGGAUCGGGUUUAAAAUUUACAGAUUUGAAUAAAAAAGGCUGUCCAAAAGGAAGAAACAACAAGCAAAUAGGAGACAAAAGAUCCAGAGAGAAGAAUUAUUGGUCACCAUCUGUGAUUGUAGAAGAAUAGUACAUAGACUUAUGGCUUUUCUAAUGCAGCCGAGAGCCCGAGAUGCUGCCUACAAAGAAGCAAAGUUCUUAGUCCGGACGGAAUAUGUACACUUAGAAAAAUAUUUUGUGAUUGUACGAACUCUCAUCUAGUAGUAAAGUAACCUCGUAUAUUUCAAAAAUCUUAACACCCGAUUCUUCUCUGCCUUCUAAAGCACUGAUUGUUGCACUUCGGUAUGCUUUCCUGCUCCUAAUUUGAUCAUGGGAGAAAAUUCUUUAUUUAAUCUUCCAAUCUUAUUUUAUAAUGAGAUUGCAUUGAGGUCUCUUACCUUUUCCUGCUGGUGAAGAGAGGACAGGGAUUUGGGGAUUCAGGCCAAAUAUUGAGCUAUUUCCUUUUCUUUCAGUUUUUUCCCAUGAAAUGACAUGGUAUAGAACCUUUUACAAAGGGAUGAACCUCCAUCAGAUGGUACAACAAAUUACACUUUGGAGAGUUAAACUUUAAAAUCAGAAGUUGGGGGUUCAAUUGGCAGAUAGGUCAUAGUGUGGUGUCCUGAAGCUUCUCAAUGGCCCAUGGAUUGCUGCCUAGUCUGCUCUCUCUUCCGUUCUUUUUCCUUGUCUCUCUGGCUCUCACUCAUAGCUUGGAAUUAAAGGAACUAAAAGUUGGAAAUGAGCUUGAGGGAGAAAGUCUCCCGUUAAAUAUGGGCCAUCGUGUUUAUAAAGUAACAGGUCUCAAGAAAUCAGUUUGGUAUGAAGUCAAGAUCUCCUAUCCAGCUUCUAUUCCUGCAAGCUUUUCGAUUCAAUUGAAAAGGGAAGCUCCAGAGCUUUGGUUGAACAAGAAUAGGAGAUUGCUUAACACAGAGAAACUUAUUUUCAAGGCUGAUAGUUUUGACCUGGUAUAUGUUCAAGUAACUGUGGAGACUGCUGGGGUUGUUGCACAACCAAAUUCACACGAGAGAGAAGUCAUACUCUUCAAUAUUGUUUGUGAUGAAUUAGUUUUGGGAAUUCCACAUAAUGCUUGGUGGGUCGGAACCGCAGCUAUUCUCUGUUUGGCAUUCGCAGCGCUUAUUCCGCAUUUCCUCCCACUGGAUCAGUGGCUUAAAUACAAAAGCUCUCAAUCAAAUGGCGGCGAGUUAGCGAAGGUUUCAUGAAGCACGACAUGUAAUGCAACAGAAGCACUUAUAAAUUGCGCAAAUGUUGGCAUCAUAGAAGGGCUCUCCAGGUGGAAUAUGGUAUGCUGGAAGCUAUUCUUCCCUGCAAAUUUAAUAAUUUUUGUCGUGUUAAGCUCGAUUUUUUUCUUCUUGUAUCUUUGGCUUUGUUGUGCACAUUGAUCCAAAAAUUUGGGAUGCUUGUAAUGCAUGACCUUUUCAGCAGAUCAUGACUUUCCCAGCAUUGCACUUAUCUUGUUUAUAUUCCUUUUUAAGUUCACAAACAUUUUAUUAAGAUGAUCUUUAAACGAUUUGUGUCGCGAAAAUAAUAUAAAAAGCUGCUGUUGAGAUGGAA